AUGCUUAAGGGAAUGAGCAAGGAGGAUGUGGAAGGGAUUGAGAGGUUGAGGGAAGAGAGAAGGACCAAGAGAAGGAAUGAUCCCAUUAGUAGUGAGAGCAAAUUGGGAGAGUUUGAGAUUGGGGUGAACAUUGGGAGAGAAGAAAGUGAUGACUCUCUAAGUGAAGAAGGGGAAGAGGUUAAUCAAGAGAUUGAUGGGAGUGAGUAUGAGAGCAAUGAGAAUGUGCCAAUGGAGGAAGCUGAGCCACAAGAAGAGGAGGAUGAACUCCCCAUGUUUCAAGAGCACUACAAUGCUCUUCUCUCUAUGGAUUUUUGGAAACCAAGUACCCUCAUGACAAAACUAUGA